GUCAGCCACAGAGGCAGAGAUGCACAGGUGACUUCUGCUCCUUCUCUUCAGCUGCUGUCAGAGGGACUGCCAUGGAGGGGUUUGGUCUGAGGAGGACUCAGUCCCUGAAGAGUCUCUCUGGGGUUCAGGAGAGGUCAUGGGUCAUGCCAGCCCCCACCCGCUGGGACAGGAAGUCAGUGUCUCAGCUGGUGCAACAUUACCAAAGCUGUGCUGACCUGAGGAGUAUUAAAAAAGAGCAGCAUAAACUUCAGGCAUCACACAGCUGUGCGGACGAUCACUGGUUAACGCCGGAGAGAGGGGACAGUGUGGCCGUCUGGGGCUCUGGACGGACUUCUAAUCUGUGCCGGAGCCGCUCUAUGGACUUCCUCCCCCAGAGGGAAUCUUCAGGCACCAAAGCUCUUUGUGCACUGUUUGAGUCCAAGGCUACCCAGCAGCAAAGCUUCAGCAGCAGCCCUCGGCUGAACUCAGCCUCUGCUGCAGGGAGACACUGCCCUCUGCAGGACUGGAGAAGUCACAGCACGUCUUUAAAGGGAACAAUCUCUCAGAGAACCGCCAAGGUGGAAGGAGGACAGGCCAUGAAUGGACUCCCAGAGUCUCACGAUAGAUCAUCCAGAUACUCACACGAUGACAAAUAUAGUCCAUCACUGACGAAGGGGGGCACGCCAACGCGACAAAGCAGAGACAGGAUAUCAACUUCCUCCUCGGUGAGAGACAGAUCAGCUCUCUAUCUGUCAAGAGCAGCAGCUAUCGACUCCACAGGAGGCUCGACACAGCCAGAAAUUGUUAAUACUCCAGGAACAAGAGCUAAAAACAGCAAGAUGGCUGAAGCAGCCGGGAAAAUCACAGUUUCGCAAUCAUCUCAUGAUGACGAUGACCUUCCUCUCCCACCACCUCCUCCCGUACCACCCAGACCCCUUGACUAUGAAGGGCCUUCACCAUUAAGUGGUCUCCCUCUGCCUCCACCUAAAGAAACCUUUUCCACAUUCUACCAGCAACGGCAGAAGAGCGAGCUAAAGAGGCUCUUCAAACACAUCCACCCAGACCUGAGGGCAAGUCUCGAUGACGCCGUGGACGAUGACAUAUUGAAGGCGGUGCAGUCAGAAAGCACUCAGGCAGCGGACGCAGCUUAUCAGGGUGAAGUGCAGUCCAUGAGGUGGAUCUUUGAGAACUGGACUCUGGACAAUAUUGGGGAUCCUCAUGCAACCAAGAAGCUGCUGGAUGAUGAGGAAUUAAAAGGUGGAAACGUCAGAGGCACCUCCUCCAUGUUUGAACACAUUGACGACACCCAACACAUGUCCCCUAAAAGACAGCCUUCUGUCAGAGGGGACGUGAGAACAUCGACAUGGCUGUUCGAGUCUCAGCCCUUAGAUUCUUUAAGUAAAUCGAAAACAGAAGAAGGUGAACUGUUCGAAGCAGUGCUGAAAGAACCCAUCCAGCCAGGAGAUGUGACAGGUGCUCGGCUGCUUUUUGAAUCUAAACCAUUGAGUGACCUGGGACGCUGUAACUCCAUAGAAGACCAAAGCUUCCUCAAACUGAGAUCUGAGCUCCAGGAGCAGAAAGGAGACAUCAAGAAGACUUUAAAACUCUUCCAGGCAGAACCCUGCUGUGCCAUCAGAGACAACAGUGGCAACAUCCAUGAGAUUAAAUCCAUCUGCAGGGAGGAGAUCAACAGCAGCAACAUCAGUACUGCACGUUGGCUUUUUGAAACCCAGCCUUUGGAUCUGAUUAAUAAGGGAGCGGAUGGAGUGAAAAUAAUUCGGGGUAUAUCUCUGGAAGAGGGGCACAGAGGAGGAGUUGAUCAGAAGAGGUGGAUGUUUGAAACGCAGUCUUUUGACACAAGAAAAGAGGUCAUGGGAGUGGGCAAGUUUGAGGGGAUGGUUGCUGAAUGUGCAGGAGAGGCCGAUGUCGAGAACAAGAGGAAGCUCUUUGAGAUGCAGCCCUUGGCAGCACUAAAAGGAGACUCUGAAGAAAAGUCUUUGGAAAAGGAAGAAAUUAUCGCAGGAGAUGUCAAGACUUCUCUGUGGCUGUUUGAAACUCAACCCAUGGAGACCCUUACCGAUAGCUAUGAAGUUGGACGGUUGAAGAAAGUCACCCUUUCAGCUGACGAACAAGGAGAAGUCAAAGGCAAAAAACAAAUGUUUGAGAGCAGCAGUAUUCAAAAGAACGUCUCAUUCAAAGAACAAGACAUUGAAAAGGGCGAUGUCAAGGGAUUCAAACAUCUUUUUGAAACAAUUCCUCUGAGCAAAAUUGCUCAUUCCGAUGGAACAAUUGUUGAAGAGGAAAAAGCUAUAGCAGCAGGAAAUGUAAAAGGCAACAAAGCAAUGUUUGAGACAACGCCUUUAUAUGCAAUAAAGGACAGCUCUGGAAACCUCCACACAGUCACAACAGUCAGCCGAGAAGAAUUCAUCACAGGAAAGGUCCAAAACUACAAGUGGAUGUUUGAGACCAAGCCUUUAGAUGAGCUUGUAGAAGGGAAAGGAGAUGUUGAGGUAAUCAAAGGCAUCACCAGACAGGAGGAUACAUCGGGUGAUGUCAAGAUGGCAAAGUGGCUGUUUGAAACCCAGACAAUAGAUGGGAUCCAUUCCAAGUUCAACCAGACAGCACAGGAUGCUUCUGUACAAGAGGAGCAUCGCAGAGGUGAUGUCAAGAACUGUAAAUGGUUAUUUGAGACACAACCAAUGGACAUUUUGUAUGACAAAUCAGAAAAAGUAAAUGAUAAAGAAGCCAUUGACAAUACUGAUGUCAAGUCCAUUACUUGGCUUUUUGAAUCACAGCCUCUGGACAGCAUUAAAGACGGCGAGGAGUACAAUUUGAAGCUCUGCGACACCAUACGGGAUUCUGUCAAAUCGGAGGUUGAUGUUAAAACAGUCAAACAUGUUUUUGAAACAGAGACCUUGGACAGAUUAAGAAAGGAUGCAAAUUCUGAACACAAUGUGCGAUGUGUCAGCCAGGUCAACUUUCAGUCUGGAGAUGUCUCAAGAGUCAAAGAACUCUUUGAAUCCCAGUCCCUCGACGAAAUAGGAUUGGAAAUGGUUAUAUCUGAUGAACAGAAACAAGACGAACACCUUGAAAAGGGUUCCGUACAUAAAUUUACUUGGAUGUUUGAAAAUUGUCCCAUGAGCCAGAUCAAUAAGGACAAUGAUGAUGCAAACAUUCAGACAGUCAGUGGUGCAGAGAGCGGUGAUGUACAGAACAAAAAGUUUGUAUUUGAAACUUCCUCACUGAACAAAAUGCAUGAUCAACCCCUCGAACUGAAGACAGACACUGUGGAGGAGCCUGUGAGCAAUGUUGACGUAAAGUCGAGCACCAUGAUGUUUGAGUCCCUGCCACGAUAUGCAAUCAGAGACAAAGAGGGCCAGUUUCAUGAAGUUACAACUGUGAAAAAGGAGGAGAUAAUGAGUGGGGAUGUAAGAGGAGCAAGGUGGAUGUUUGAGACAAAACCCCUUGACGCCAUCAAGGCAGAGAAGGAAGUAUACGUGAUCCGAGCUGUUACCCAAGAAGAUGUCAAGAAAGGAGAUGUCAAAUCAGCCAGAUGGAAGUUUGAGACACAACCUCUGGACUCCCUUACCAGCCGAGAUGAGCCAUCUGUCAGGGUCAUUGAAGACUUGGGAAGCGGUAAUGUGCAACUCAAUAAACAGAUAUUUGAAUCUGAUCAAUCAAGCCAGAAGUUCAUGCGAAUGGUUAGUGUCACUGACGUCCAGCAAGGUGACGUGAGAACCUCCACCUGGCUCUUUGAGAAUCAAUCCAUUGACAGUUUGAAAGGGGAACCUCAGGAGCAAGGUCCAGUAAAAACAGUCCACAGAGAAGACAGCCAGAAAGGAGAUGUGAAACGCUGCACAUGGCUGUUUGAAUCACAGCCACUGGACAAGAUCAAGGAGCCUGAGGAUACCUUAGUGCAAGGUACAGAAGAGGAGAUACCAAAAUCUGAUGUGAAGUGUACUACUUGGCUCUUUGAGACCACUCCACUGGACAAAAUCACUGCCAGCAGUGUGUCUGACACCUUGUCUUAUCUGUAUCAAAUGAAUUUUCUUCACUCAAGCGGCAUCAUAAUAGAAGCAAAUGAGAGGCAAAAUGUGAACAUGGCAAAAUAUCUGUUUGAAAGCAAUGAAGGUGUGCAAAUCCAGAAAGAAGAGGUUGUUGGGGGCAACAUCAGGAACAUUAUGUUACAGCUUUUACUCAAACCAACCCUAAAGCCCCAAGUUAGACUUCUUAGAGAAGUGGAGAAGGGUAAAGUGAAUACCACAGCAGUUGAACUUCCAGUCUACCAGUCAGCCACAACUAUCACCCUUGAGAGGGAUCAAAGAGUACAAAACAUCGUCCAGAUGAUCGACGAACUGCUGGUUCAAGAUAAGGAUUUGAAAAAGGGAAUCAUAAUGCAAGAGACUGCAGAGGGGCAAGCAGAGAUGUCAGUUUAUUCACUUAUCUACGAAACCAAAAGUGAGAGUCACAUCAUAGAGAAAGGAGACGUAAAGUCUACGAUUGGAAAUCUGUUGGCUACUGCCAGCAGUCAGAGGACUGCAGCAUCAUGCAGAGUGGAUGAAACUGAAAAGGGAAAUGUGAAUUUGUACAAAAGUUGCAUUGAGAAAGGAGAUCUGCACUAUCUGAAAAGUCUUCACACUGAGGCAUCGGGAGAUGAAGUUGAUUACAGCUCUCUGGCCGAGGAGCAUAUUGAAAUAGUUCAAGGGGAUGUGAGGGAAGCAAAGAGAAGCCUCUGCCAGCAAAGAGAGCAGGUAGAGCGAACCAUUUCUGAUGUUUUACCAGGAGAUGUAAAAAACACCAAAAAAGUUUUCUCGUCUGAGUGCUCUGUCAAUGUUGAAAAUUUUAUUCCAAAGGAAGAAAUAAUCCCUGGAGAUAUCUUAUCAGCAAAGCAACAACUUGCGGUAAAGCAACCUGUCACUGUGGAUAAAGAGGAAAUUGUGGCUGGAGACAUCAAGGCAACAAUGCAGUCAUUAGAACGUGCAAAGCAACAGAGCAUGUGUGUGGAGAAGGAGAUCAUUACACCUGGAACUAUCUAUGAGAUGAACAUGCCGGGCCCUGAAACUGAAGGAAGCCAAGCCCAAAAAGAGGUCAUUAUAUCCGGAGAUGUAAAAGCGGCUAAAAAGUCCCUUGAAAUGGCUAAGCAGCAAAGCAUGCAUGUGGAGCGUGAAGUCCUUGUCCCAGGAAAAAUAUACAACCUGAAUGUCACAGCACAAGAGGAAAGCUCCUCCACAGCGAUGCAAUCCACAUGUUCGGCUUCCUCCAGAUGUCAGCAAACCAAGACUUUUCCAAAGGUCAGUGAUGCAGAGAAAGAUCAGGGAAGCCAUGUUUCCUUUAAGGCUUGUCAACCAAGUGCAAUUAUAGUCAGUAAUUGUGCACCAGAAUCACUGCCACCUUUUGUAAGUUGUGAGUGUAAUGGUCAGACAACAGAAGAAGAGACAGAGGAAGUUAUCAGAGGAGAUGUGAGGGCAGCUAUUAGGUCUCUGCAGAGUGCAGCCACGGAGCAGAAGCUCUUAGAUAAAGAAGAUAUUGUAAGAGGUAAUGUCCAAUUGGCUCUGCAAUCUCUUGAGAAGUCUAGUGUAAAUGUAUCCAAAGGAGACUAUAAAGCUGCAAUGAUAUACAGGAAUUCAGGGAAGGCUUGUCCAGGGAGGAGCAAGCAGUGUGUUGUGGUGUCUAUCCCUCCAUCUGACACAAAAUUGUCUCCUUCAAUUUCAGUAACCUGUGAAGGACAACCACCCAUUACAACACAGAAUUCAACACCCAACCCUGUAGCAAAUGGAAACUCUAAAUCAUCCAGCUCUGUGCAUGUAACUCCACCUCCACUCCCCCAAAAGACAAGUGAGAAACUACAGGAGAAGAAGCCAGCUUUGCCACCAAAGCCUCAAUGGACAAAAUCAGUAGUUGUUGAAGAACCAAAUAUGUUGCCUACUCCUGAAGCUGCUUGCCCCAUCAAAGACCACAUAGUAAGCACAGUGAUUCCUCCAAAACAAAGCAAACAGUUUCCUACACCCUCUCCAGAUAAACUACAACAAACCACAACUCAAGGCAAAAUCGGUAAAGAGAACUCACAUGAAACAUCCCACAAAAAGUGUACUGAGUUAUUGCAAGACUCAAAUCAAACAAGUCUACCAACGCACUCAACGGUUCAAGAAAUGAAGAAAGGGAGCAAAUCAGACUGCCAAGUAAGGAUGCCAAACAGUACUGAAGUGGAAAUGGAGAGAAAUGUAAUACAGAAAAUCAAUGCAGCUGAGGAGAUUCAAAUGUGCAUGAAGAGUUACGCAGAAGAUGGUAAACAUGAAAUGAACAUGAGCUUGCAGGCUGCUCUACAGAACUUUGAAAGAAAGGAAAGUAAGACUCUAGAUAAAAGAGCCCCUUCAUUGUCCAAGAAGGUAAAAGUGAUAAAUGACGUUAGUGACCAUGAACAAACCAACAACACCACUGUUCAACAACAAAAAUCAGCUCCCAAGAAAGACACUGAAGACGCACAGCAAACAUCAACAACCAAGAGAUGCCACGUACAGCAAAAUGACCCCAAUGAAAAGCAACCAGAACUCGAGGGUAAAGUUGUUUUAAGAGAAAAGAAAGUAAAGGAGACAGAUGAAGAAAGACGACAAAGGCUUUCUGUCCACAAGGAGGAGAUAAUGAAGGGAAAUGUGAAAGCGGCCAUGGAGAUCUUUGAAAAUCUGAAGAAACGAGAGGAACUCAAAGGAAUCCUGUCUCAGGUGCGAGAGAUAGAAGGAGAGACCAGCAGUGUAGACGUUAGCUCCUUUAAGACAUUAUAUGAGACUGUCCCUGCUUGGAUGGUCACACCAACUGGAAAGCAAAGUAAAACGGAGGAAAAGAAAGUCGAAGUAGAGACACAGGACGAUGAUCUAGAAAGCAUUUCCUCGGUCGAGACUGCAUUUGAAGAUCUAGAAAAGGCAAGCAAGGAAAUAAUGAAUCUGAAGGAACAAACGUUAGCAAAACUUCUUGACAUCGAAGAGGCAAUUAAAAAGGCUUUGUACUCCGUCUCCAAUCUGAAAUCUGAGGCUGACAUUGCAGGCUUGUCGGGACUUUUCGAUGAAUCUUUGAAAUCUGAGCAAAACUUUCAACCCACCAACAACAUCAGGAAAAUAAGUAUUGGGUCAAGCAAGGCCAAAUCGGGGCAAAUCAAAGAGGUAUCCAUUUCGGAUUCAAAUCCUGCCAAACAAGACAUGCCGAGAAACAAUAAGCCACUCAUCAGGCAGGCCUCCUCCCAGUCUUCCCCAUCAUUUAUCUCCAUUCACUCAGCUGCCAGAAAGCCUGCCGAACAACCCAAGUCACCCAUGUCAACAUUUAAACCAAAAACAGAGGGUGAUUCUCAAAGUUGCCACGAUGUAAAUAGUAAUGUGGGACAGGAGGGUGCUGCUGCUGAACCUUCAAAGAAUGGCAACAGUCCUGCACAACGCAAGGUCAGCGUGCUUGAAGUGAAAACUGUUCCAGAGCAACCCGCAGGAAUAGUUGGAACAAAGACCGUCAGUGAAACAUAUGAAGAGACCGAUGGCUUUGGCAAUGUAUUUGUCUCUUCUGUGACUUCAACAUUCGUCACCAAACAGUCUGACAGUAAAUCAUCAGCACUGUUUGAGGUUGUCGGGAGUCCGGCCAGAUAUGAAGUCAUGACAUCCCCCUUAAUUCGAAGAGCUGGUCGCCCCUUUGAUGAUAAAGUGUUGAGCAACGAGGAAGGGACAGUGUUUGUAACAUUUAGCCAACCGAAGGAAAAGCACUAAAUAAGACAAGCAGUGUGUUUCCUGGUCCUUUAAUUUUAGGAAAGUUAAUUCUUCCAUUUGUGUAUUUAUUAUAAUGUGUUUUCAUUUCAUUCAAGAUUUUGUUAGUCGUAAAAUUGAUCCCAUGAAAUCAUUAAAAUGUUGACUGCUAAUUAAAACAGAAUUUGUCUUAUAGAUUUUAUACUGUAACCACAUGAUAAAGUGUUAAGUUCUUUUAUUAAAGCUAAGCAUAUAGUUGAUACUGUUGCUUUGUUGUGUAAAUUGUCAAAUAAAUAGUUUAAA